UGUUAAUGGUUUCCUUAAUCAGUGACUCCCUUAUAAAUAUGGCAUCAACCAUUCUUCCUCUUCAUUCAAAUCCACUCUACUCAUCAUCUGCUUACUAAAACUUGUUCCAUUGUUACAAUAUUAGCUUUUCUGUGGAUAUGGCAAAGAUUAACAAUGUUGCUCCUCACUCUCCUCUUGAGAGGUCUACCUUGGCUUCUCUUGAUCACAAGUUGGCCAUGGCCAAGCGCUGUUCUCAUGAGGGUGUGAUGGCAGGAGCUAAGGCAGCUAUUGCUGCUGGAGUUGCCACUGCAAUUCCAACUCUGGCUAGUGUAAGGAUGCUGCCAUGGGCAAAAGCCAACCUCAACCACACUGCUCAAGCUCUCAUAAUUUCAACAGUUGCUGGAGCAGCAUAUUUCAUAGUAGCUGACAAAACCGUUUUGGCAACUGCAAGAAAGAACUCCUUCAAGCAACCCACCAACCCAUGAUUUAUUUCCCAGUGGAUUGCAAGAAAGAACCCGUUUAAGCCACCAUCCAAUGCAUGAUUUCCCAUUGGAUAAUGCUGGAUUCGGUUGCUUACAUUGUAUUAGACAAUUUACUUACAGCAUCUACCAACCUUGGAACACAUCAAAAUAUGUAUUAAUAAAUAAAGAGUUUCAAGAGACAGAGAGCAUAUAUGUACCAAUUAUCAUUUAGUUCUCUCAGAAAUGCAAAUCAUUAAGUUUUCCCCCUUGAA